GCUGUCUUCACUGAGUUGUCUUGCGUUCAAAGGUGAGGUUGUAAUCAAGAUCAUGGAGAUGGAGAUGCUUACAAUCCAUAGGCCAAGAAAACGGCGUGAAAUUGUGUGCAUCGUUUUGCUGGUACUGGUGGUUGCAGUUGCAGGAUUUUUGAUUGGAUAUUUCGCUGUGAAGAAUGUUACUGAAGACGGGGUGAAGUGUCAAUCCAAUGACGGCGACAAGCCUAAACCGACAUUUCCUACAUCCAAUAAGGAAAAAUACCACAAGAUGUUUCAAGAUGAGAUAAAGGCGAAGAAUAUCGAGCACAACCUCAAGUAAGAAACAUUUCAAUAUUAUUUGGUGAAGGCAAGGUAUUUGCCACUAGGUUUUUAUCUGUCUCAGUGCAACCAAAACUUCGUAAACUUCCACCUGAAGGAAAGACAUAUUAUUGUACAGGUGAAUUCGUGCAUCGUGUAUAGAUGCUUUUGUCAUACAAGAUACUCAUUCACGACGAAGACUGAGCUUAAAGUCAGAGUUUAACAGAUAUGCUUUUCUAUUUUCUUGGAGCUUCAUUUUCGCAGCUCUCGCCCUUACACUUGGAGGUCAGGCUAUCUUAAUAGCACGCAAAUUAUGUCAAUUAAUGUUGGCGGGUACUCUUUGGCAGUCUAAACUCAAAAUAUUUAUGUGAUAGAAUGAAAAUACAAUUGUUUACAUUUCUUGUCUUUUUGAGUAGAUCAGAGAUUAAUUUAUUGAACACAUAUCCUUAAUAAAAAUGAAAGUGUGCAUGAGAUUGUAUUCUGUAAAGUAGCUCCAACACUUGUUCAACACUUUUUUUCCCUUAAAAAAACUCGCAAACAAAUAGAUGAGGCUCUCAAAAAUGGAUUACACUGCACAUGUCAAUAAUUUGGCUUUUUUGGAGGUUUUAAAUGUUUUGUUGGCUAUGGCAACGUGUACUUAGAAAACACAGAAGACAUUUUAUUUAUUUCCAAAAUGUUUCUUUUCUUAUAAUUUUUUUCUAGAUAAAAAGAAACAACAAAUAAACAAAAAAUACAAAUAAGGCAAAGCAAGGAACUUACCGCAAACUAAUAAAAAAAAUAAAUAGGUCGUUAUCAUGCAAAUAUUGUUAUCGGAAAUAUGUUAGAGCCCGGUCACAAUACCUUUCGCCGCAUUACAACUGCAACCAUAAGAAAAUUGGUACUGAGACGAGACCGGCCAGUUCUUGGCGAGGUAACCACGACAUGCAGCCUUAGCCCAAUUCAAUACGGGCAAGUAACAGGUCCCUGCCCCCAUAAAAGAUUUAUAGACCACACCAUAGGGUUCGAACGAUCCUUGAAGCUUGUUUGCUUUAAAGUGACACCAAAAAUAGCUGAAAUCGUGCUUUUGUGAUCACCCACACGGUAAAGAUAUUUAUUGAAAAUAGAAUCCACUCUGGAGUCGCUUAAAAGUACAAGUUUUUUUAUUUGGUUUUAACCGUCAUUAUUCUAACAUCCAAAAUUUUAUCACACUCUGUAAUCUUUGUCCAGAGUCUGUUAGGAAAGAGUUAAAGACUGAUGUGAUUGUUUUUACAGACGAUAAAGGCACGUUAACACCUGUCACACGAGCUACUGAGCUUCCAGCUUCGCACAGAGUACAGUGUUUGAAUAUCAAAUAGAAUUAGGUUCGCGUUAAGAGUCGGACUUGACAUGUACAUGCAAAUGAUUUUCAUCAAUAAAAUUAAAUUGGCUCAUUUGAAGUUCGACAUAUAAAACGGUCCUUAACUAUCGAGUCUACUGUCUUUUCCUUCACCUUAUUUUUCUUUUGUCGUUUCAGAUUUUAUACCUCGCAGCCUCAUAUUGCUGGAUCUAAACGCCAACAUGAUCUUGCAUUACAUUUAGCUGACAAAUGGCGCACCUAUGGAUUUGAUAAGGUAGAAAUGCCUGAGUAUAAAGUGUUACUUUCUCUUCCUCAAGAAGACAAACCUAACAAAGUGGAACUUAUCAGCAAUGGCACAACUCAAUUUACGAUACUGGGAAAAAUAAAGGUACGUUGGGUUCAUUCUAUAACGUACAAUGUAACUAUAAUAUUCUUUUUUAGUCCACCGCGACAUGCAAAAACAAAAAAACAAACAAACAAACAGACAAAAAAAGUUGGUUUAAUUGUUUUUGUCUUGGUUUGUUUGUUCCUUUUGUUAUUAUAAAAGAUGCAUUUAAAUUCUUGGAUCAUUUUUUCUAAAAUCGUUGCUGCCGACAGGCCUUAUUCAAAACACCAUAAUUAUACUCUUUGCUUUCCCUUUAAAAUAGCGCAAAAGCACUCUUUUCAAUUUUCCCUGGGACUUACAGUCAUCUCGAGAAUAUGACCUAUUUCAGGUGUUUGGAGAUAUAUUCCUUGUUUUGUAACCGCAUUGAGGUUUCUCUUACUGUCACGUGACUUUGGCUGAACUAUCACGAGACGAGUGUAAAUCUUUCUUAGGCUCAACUAGGUUGACAUCGGGGUGAAAUCAGAAUAACUUCCAUGAAACCUUUGAUUACUGCUGUUUAUAUAUUUUCGCCGCAAAAAGUUCUACCAGAAAGGGUCGCUUUAAGAUUUGGCACGAUUCACCUCUGACUUGUGGAAAUUGAGAGCCGUUAUGGUUCGUAGUUUCACGGGUCUCUGAGCUGACGCUUCCAGGCAAUUGAAAUUGAACAAGGUCCAUAAUGAAUUAGAUUACUUUCCGGGAAUACUUAGACUACCCUCGCCCCUCUCUCCUUUCAUGAGUCAAUUGCCUAGCUCCUUCCUCUUUGACAGACAUGCAUACCUAUGACUGGCUUUGCAAAAUAACAUACUGACCGAGUAGUGUCAUAAUGGGAACUUGAAAGAGCUCCUGGCCAUAAAAUCAUGGUAUUGUACUUUAUGAUCAUCAUAUCGGCUCAUGUAAUUACUUUUAAUGGUGAAACCUCAACCAAUUCAUAAAAAAAACGUGUUAUGAUAAUUAUGAAUAUCUUACGCUAUCUUUUUCUUUACUCAGGUUAAACCAGAGCCUUCUGCAAACGAAACUUAUGACUAUUUUCCGUAUUUCGGAUAUGCUCCAAAUGGGACUGUUGAGGGCGAACUUCUUUACAUCAAUCAAGGUUCACUGAAGGACAUCAGUUUCCUGCGGAGUCAUAAUAUAUCUGUAAAGGAUAAAAUAGUGAUUAUCAGGGGACAGUUCGCAUCGGUAGGUAAACUUCAAUAGCACACUCUGGUGGAGCGCUUCAUGUCGAACAGUAAAAUUCCUUAUUGUAGUGCCCCUGAAAGUAGGAUCUCACCAAGAGUUGCGAUCAAAUUUCACAAUUCUUUAGUAAAUUCCCUCAUCAAUGACCCUACGAAAGUAACUACUCGGCUUCGAAAGUAGCGCCCUCAACAGUUAUUUCCUCAGUUACCAAAAAAUCGCGAACUUUUACGUAUACAAAAAAAUAUGUGAGGCUUAUUUUCGGUGUGAAAUCUAAUUACAAGUUUUAAUUAGCAGUAAGGAUCGAACUUGUUAUCGUAAAAUUCUUUUUAACGGGAUAUUGAUUGAGUUCGUUGAGGUUACGGGAUAGAGAAAACUUGCAGAUCGCGGGCUGGGAAAAAUUCAUAUUAGCGUUCUUGAGGACAGAUCAAAAUCAGUCUGCCUGCAGACAUCUCCCACCAAAUUUUAGAUAACAAACCCUUAACCGCAAUAACAACAAAAAAACAAACAAAUUUGAGUCGUUAAGUAUUACUUACUCGUUUAGAAUAAUUCCAAUCAAUAACUAACAAGCAACUAAGCUUUCUGUUGCCUCUCCGCAAGUGUCUGACUUAGGAUGGUCACGUGAUCUCAAGACCAUGUUGUCUUCUGUCAUCGUGGAAUGUGGAAAGUAAAUCGUAGCCCCCAUAUAUAUUCACGGUCAUGAGCAAGCGUCUAAUAUAAGUAGCCUGUUUGCUGUUUGUUAGUUUGUUUUACCAUUUAACUUCCGCGUUUCCGGGUAGAUUAUCUUGAACUACUCUCAAACUUUCUCCCAUGGUUAGUCUUGGACUAGUGUUGCAGCUUAACCACAAAAUAAAUCUGUAGGAGACACAGUACAUGAUGCUUUUCAUGUCAAUCUACCAAUUAGAAUUACAGUAUGAAUAUUAACUUGAAAAUUUCGAAUAAAUCGUUUCAAUCAGUACUUGACCGAGCAAACCCUUGUUUCUUGAUCACCAGAUAAGUGUCGCUGCAGCGUCUGGUGCUAUUGGAGCCCUUGUCUUCAUAGAGCCCAAAUCCGGACACAGUCCAAAUGAAAGCUACCCUUACACACCCUGGACGUCAGGCGAAGCCAUAAUGGAAAGGCCGAUGGCGCAAAAUUUAGGAGAUCCACUGACACCUGGAUUACCAGCCAUCGACGACAUGUACCGUGGGCCUAAGAACCUUACAAACUUUGCCUCAAUACCUACACAGCCGAUUUCAUACAAUGAUGCAAUGCAUUUGCUGAAACAUCUUAAAGGUAAAUACAUUAUAUUGAGAAAGAUGUUUAUUCAGUCAGUAACACAGGCGGCUCGGAUGAAAAAAUCCGAAUACUCCUCCCAAUGGAAGUCGAACCUAUGACCUCUAGGUACUAGAAAAGAUGCUCUACCACUGGACUGGAAUGCUGAUAUGUGCUUAUACGAAAAGAUAGAAAUGUGAUGGUGAAUUUUAAGCCUGAUGAAUACACGACAAGGAUGUUUAUUCGGUCAGUGCUCCUAAAAGGAGUUGGACCCAUGGCAUUCUGUUUACUUGUCUAGACGUUCUAAAACUAAGUUAAAGCUAUAUUAAUUUUUCAUGACAAGAAAUGUUUUAACAGUUCUUUUUCCGUGCAUGGUCACUUGGAUUGAGAUAUUUGUAAUAAUAAUAGCUGCGGUUACACCUUGGAUCUAGCCAUGGAAUAGCAACUUUACUUGUCGUGUGAUGAUGAUCUUCUCCAGCUGAAAUUGCCUAUGAAAUGUUUCCAGGGAAACCUAAAAAAGAUGACAGCUGCAGAGGUAAAUCCAAGGGGUUUACAGAACCUAACAUUCAUUACGUUCUUUCCAUGGUUAUUCACGCGCCUUGGUUUUUUCCUGUUAGGUAUGCAAGCGCCAAGAGAUUGGCAAGGAGUGACAAACGCUUCCUUCAAUGUUGGACCAGGCUUCAACAUAUCGAACUCAACUAUUCGAUUGGAAAUCAACAACAAGAUCGUCAUGAAAUCCAUAUAUAACGUCAUCGGAACUAUUUACGGCCAAGAGGAACCGGACAGAUAUGUUUUGAUUGGCAGUCAUCGAGACGCCUGGCUGUUUGGAGCAGCAGAUCCUUCAAGUGGCACAGCAGCUCUGACAGAAAUAUCAAGGGCAGUUGGGAAGAUGUUAAAAGGUGGGUGGCGACCGCGAAGGACAGUUAAGUUCUGUAGCUGGGGAGCGGAGGAGUUUGGAUUGGUUGGGUCAAUAGAGUGGGUGGAGGAAAAUGCGAAAAUCCUUCAAGAAAGAGCCGUUGUUUACUUGAAUACAGACGUGGCAGUUGGUGGUCGCUACGUUCUCGUAACUCAGAAUUGUCCACUUCUAUCACACGUCAUCUUCUCUUGGGCCAAAAAAGUUAAAGAUCCAAACGCACAUGGCAAUAAAACCAGCCUGUACGACAUUAUGGUUGAGCGAAACCCAUCUAAAAAUAAUCCUGGAGAGCCUUAUGUUGUUCCAUACCAAUAUAUGAGCGACUAUUUUCCGUUCUAUAGGUACUAUGGCAUACCAUCGGCUGACUUUAGCUACUUCUUCGGUUCUGGGAAUCCUGUGUCGCUCUAUCCUGUCUACCACACUCAAGAAGACAACUUCUACUGGAUGAAAACCUUUAUCGAUCCCAAGUUUGAGUUUCACGAGGCAGUAACCAAGUUUGAAGGAGGUUUGUUGAUCGAUUUGGCGGAUUCUUCUUUGUUGUCAUUUGACGUAGUGCGUUACGCAAAUGAGGUAGUAAACAGUUUGAAAUCACUUCCCGAUCGCGUGGGGAACCAAACCGUUUCUACUAAGAUUAUUCAUAGGGCCGUAUUAAAUUUUAUAAACGCCAGCAAGUCUUUUGAGAAAGCAAAGUCCAAAUUAAAUCUGGCUUCAACGAGUCCAUUAGUUUUACGCCGGUUCAAUGAUCAAAUGGUGCAAGUAGAGAAAGCAUUUAUUGGCAAGUCGGGGCACGUCGUUCCGUGGUCAAAAUUCUCUUUCCGGGCAAUAAGAAUGGCGUUCUUGUCAGGAAAAGUAAAUGAAGUCGAAAAGCAGUUGUCAUCGGCAGCCCAAAUGAUAUUUUCUGCUGCAAAAGUCUUGGAACCAUUGCCAGUUGUUUGA